AUGAACGAAAAGUUCCAAAUUCAGAAAAAUUCAUUGUUGUUCGAGAAUCCAGUACCAGCAAGAACGCAAACUAAAAAUAGCAUUACGUUACUUAGCAACGUUGUUGCUCCUUCCAGGUCAAGGCGAGGCGAGGCGAGGCGAGGCGAGGCCAAGCCGCCGCCAUACGAUACGUUCUUUGCAGAGAGCGGGCGAGAAAGCAACCCGGCGCCGCUAAGUUUCCCCCCUUGGGCGCUUCUAGGCUUUAGUUUAGAGAAUGUUCAGUGCUGUGACCCGGCCGGACGUGCUCGUCAGCUGAGUUUCGGUUCGUGUCCGAGGACUAUUGAUCCGAUCCUUCGCAGGCGAUUC